UGAGAAAUCUGCUUGGGUACACAGCAGCGAGGUCCUUCCUGGCCAAUCUCAUCAUCUCUCAAUUGUGUUUUUCUUGUUCGCAAGGACGCACUUCGCACUUCGGCCUUUUUGCAGUGGCUAAAAAAACGUGUGUUUAUCUUGUAAGUGCAAACGAGUCCACAGCAUCAAGCCUUAGGUAACGAGUUCUCCCCCACAUGAAGGUUUCUGCUCAGGUGCCUUGAUAAUUUUGAAAAGGAACAGCCUGACCCUCACUACUGCUGCCUCUGGGGGUACCGGCUUCAACUGCAAGGCUGGGUGAGGCGUUCCGCACUCUCGCAGCCCUUUGCGUAAAGAGCCUGCCGUCCUGUCCACUCGACCCUGGUGAGGCGCAGACGGCAGGAGAGAUAGAUAGAUACUUUAUUGAUCCCGUGAGGGAAUUCUGCUAAGGGCGUGGUCUCGCCAGCGCCCGUGUGCCACCGGCCCUGGCGCCGUGGGGGCUGUGUGUGGGACGGCCCUGCUGGACCCGUGCUGCUUUGGGGAUGUCGCGGGCGUGAAACAAAAAAAAAAAGAAAAGCAGGCCCGGAAAGCCUUUCUUGUAUUUUACUGUGAGGGUAGCUAUCGCCUAGUUUGCUCAAACCCCUUGAAGGUAAAGCAAGUGUUAUCCAGUUGUCUGUGUCUUUCUGAAUUCCUCAUUGUGCGCUAACUGAUAAUGCAGGCAGGAUCUCUACAACAGCAGUACAAUCCGCACACUCUGACAGCCUUGUGCAGCAGAUUGUACAAGAAAUACUGCAUACUUUGUCUUCAAUCCAAUCAUCUUUUUCUGUCAUAAACUACCCAAUAGUAUGGGUCCGGAAUAUGAAGGAUGACAAAGAAAAUUGAACGAUUAAAUAUGCCUUUCGCCCAAAUCACGUUGAUUAUAAUCAAAGUUUACCCAGGGAUGUUUUAUACUACUCUUAAAUCAUGACGACACCCGCAACGACGCCACCUCACCCCCCUAGGAUGUCUGGGUGCGCGCUCACGUCCACGCGUGCGUGCUCGACCCCGGCAGGGAGCGUCGGGACGUAACCCCUGCGUCUGCCAGUGGCCUCACGGCUGGUGACGGGUCCGCAAAGAUGGCGUCGGUGAGCUGGCCGGCGGUGUUGUGCCGAAGAAGAUGACGACGACGACGACGUCUAGCUCGCCGUCUGUGUGUGACAUCCAAGUGUCUGCUGGGUACACCUAGAGCAACCGAGCGGAGAAGGCCCUGGGAUCUUCGAGACGCGCGGAUAGAGAGACGGCGGCCGAAGAAGCAGCCGUGUGUCGCCAGUCCAUGGAGGACAUCAACUCCAACAUCAGCGCAGACCUGGAGGUGCGGAAGCUGCAGGACCUGGUGAAGAAGCUGGAGAGGCAGAAUGAGCAGCUGCGCAGCCGCUCCACGCAGCUCACCUCGGCGGCGGCGGUGUCGGGGAGCCCCCGGCCGCUCAGCGCCGGCUUCGAGUCGCCCCAGUUAUAUGAAACGACAAAGAAGAGCGACAGUCCUCUGCAGAAAGCUGUCAGCCCGAUCGCCUGGUGCAGACAAGUGUUGGAUCACCCAACUCCAGACAUCGAGUCUGCCAAGAGGUCACUGAUACACAGGCUGGAUCUCACCAUGUCAGCAAACAAGAGGCGGAGUUUCUACGGCAGCCCGUACAGCCCCACGGCGGGAAACUCGCCGUACAGCAGCGGCUUCAACUCGCCCUCCUCCACCCCGGCGCGGGUGCCCAUCGUCAAGCAGCUGGUGCUCCCGGGCAGCUCAGGACACUACAGGAGCCCCGCCGACAGGAACCCUCCCAUCAGCCCCCAGUCCUCGGUCGACAGCGAGCUGAGCACCUCGGAGAUGGACGAGGACUCCGUGGGGUCGGGAUACAAGCUCAACGACGUCACAGACGUGCAGAUUCUGGCGCGGAUGCAGGAGGAGAGUCUGCGGCAGGAGUACGCGGCCACAGCCUCCCGGCGCAGCUCGGGCUCCUCCUGCCACUCCCUGCGCCGCGGCACCUUCAGCGACCAGGAGCUGGACGCCCACAGCCUGGAGGACGACGAGGAGGCCGCCCACCACGGCUUCCACCCCCCCGUCAGCCGCUUCUCGCCCUCGCCGCGGCCCUCACCGCGGCCCUCGCCCCGGCCCUCCCCCCGCCACUCGCCGCGCUCCCGCUCGCCGGCCCGCUCCCUGGAGUACAACCGCACCUCCCCGCAGCCCAUCAUCAGCCGGCUGCAGCAGCCCCGCCUGUCCCUGCAGGGCCACGGCUCCGACCUGCAGGCCAACGCCGUCAGGAACGAAGAGAAGCUCAGACGUAGUCUUCCAAACCUGUCUAGGACCGCGGGUGUCCAGGCAGCCGAGCCUGUCAAAAACAGCCGGAGCUGCGAAUCUAACCUACAAGUGCCAAACGGAGGAGUGCCUCGGCUUCAGCAGCAAUCAGCCACUCCGCACAGGUAUACAAACAUGACUCGUUCUUCCCCGAAAGCCAAACAGCUCCUUCAAAGUCCAGCUUCUUUGAGAGUCCCUUCGCCCAGCAAGCUGCGGGCCCCCGCGACCCCCUCCCCGCUGGCCCUCCGGCAGCCCAUCAAGGCCGUGGCGACCCCCAGCCCCACCCACUCCUCCGGCUCGCCGGGCCCCACCCCCUCCCCCGCGGGCGGCGCCACCACCCCCACCCGCUCCCUGGGCGGGCGCAGCGGCCUCCCGCGCCCCAGCACCUCCGCGGGGGGCGGGAUACCCGUGCCCCGCAGCAAGCUGGCCCAGCCGGUGCGGAGAUCAUUGCAAGCUCCCAGGACCUACGGUGGUAUAAAGGAUGACAGCUGGAAAGAAGGCUGUUACUGAAGCCCCCCGGCCACGGCAGAGCUCUGAGCACGCAGCUCCAUCUCUCCGUCUCCCACAGCUUCCCACGCGAGGGAGCCUCGGCCUCCGCCGAUUAAUCAGCACAGAACUGGCAAUGCCAAUGGCAAUGCAGCACUUUACUGACGCUGGCUCUUUUUUUUUAAAUAAAAAAAAAAAUCUUCAUACAAUCACUUUUCCGCGGAAUCCUCAUCGAAGCAGAGCUCCUGCAGGACCCGGUGAGGUGUCCCAGGCGCCGGGGCUCGGUCCCAGUGGAUGCCAAAGAAACCAGCUGUCUGCUCGCGGCAGCGAAGGGGAGGCGCGCGGACUGUUACACUCCGAUCUGGCACAGCAGCGACGAGCCUCCGCGAGACCGGGAGUCGGGACGGGCUCCCUCGUGCCCCGCGCCGCGCGGACGCCUCUUGCUUGUGAAGGGCAGCAGGCAGCAGAGGAGGCACCUGACACUCGAUCUGUGCUUUCACUGUUACUCCAGACAUAUCUGCCUGCAGAGGGUGCAGCUGAAAUGACAUAUCUGGAGGAGGCCAUGCCAAAGGGCUUAGUGUUCGUUUCUAGGAUCUCUUUCUGUUCUGCACUGUAUGUCUCGGCUCAGGAACCCGUCAUUGGUGUGCAGCCAGCUUCUCGGUACAAGAGGGGGGCAGGUGCCCCUCGUGUCCGUCUCCCAUCAGCAUCUGUUCCUCUUCCCUCGCAGCGCAGAGCUGCACGUGGAGCUCUGUUCAAACUAUGCACCCGUCCCACAGCGACACCAGACUGAAGCGUGUGGACUGGACACCUGCCUCCUUUCAUCCUGCAGGCAGAGACGCGUUGUGUGUGAAACGCCCCUGUAACUUCAGUGUUACACAUUGAGGUGCUGGGUAGGAGAAAGUUGCCUUGUAUAGCCACGUCUCGCAGCGAGUAAGGCCUUGAGUCCUGGCAGUGCCCCCCAUUUCAUGCCUGUAAAGUGCCUGGGUUGAUGAAAUCAAUCAUCCUUCAGUUCAGUUUGGCAGUGCGCCCUGUCCGUUCAGACUGGUCUUCAGGAGGAGACCGUCGCUCCUCUGGUUUUGUGGUGGUGGGGUGGGUUUGGAGCCUCCAAGGCGACGCGCGCCGAUCUCGGGCCGGCCCGCUGCCCCCAGGGCCCCGAGCGGCAGGCUCGUCCGCCCCUCCGGCCCAGGCAGUGCUUUCAAAAACACACUAGCUUUCCCAUCCUCAGAUACCUCGCCGUCGGGACACUCGAAACUGGCCGUCCCUGGGGCUUCGGUAAGCAUAUUGGUCUCCUGGCAUUUUUGCUUUGCUUUCCUGAACAGCUCUGAGGUUCGAGUCUCAAGCCAGUCUGCUGCCAGAGACCUGGGGACUUGCCUGCUGGCGCCGAUUUCACCCGAGUCCUCUCCGGAUCGGUGAUGUGUUGCCAGGAGAUCGUCACAAAACAGCAUUUAUUUCAAGGAGGGUUCUUUUAGUCAACCAACUAGAGUGCAUUGAUAUUUAAAUUUGCGAGAUAUAUUUAUUCAAAUUUAUUUAAAAGACUUCUUUAAAAUUAUAUUUUUUUUUCACAAAAAUAAAAUUCUUUGAUUUGUUUUUGUUUUUUUAGCCUCCACUGCUAAAAUUGUACAUUGAAGAUUUUGUUUUGUUGGAAAGUUCGUUUACGUUAUUUAUUGCUUGAAUCCUGUUGAUUUGGUUUUGUUUUGAGAAUACUUUAAAUAAUGAGUGGACAGAAAAAAGUAGAAUUAGGAUUUCAAAAGUGGACUUAACUGUUAGCACAGCCAAGAUUACUACAGACGACUUCUUUUAGGUUUCUUAUUUGAUGCCGUCGCUCUGCUUGAGUGUUGAGGUGUGUGACUGGCUACAGUUGAGGUAGAGGUUCUGUGAAUUGAUAGUGGGGGAUGGUUCUUGCGUCACAGUUAUUUGUAUCAUAAUGUUUCCGACAACAUCCCUCUCCGUUUUAUAUCCAGCAAGUUGAUGGUUGUAGUUUUUUAAGAGUGCAAAUAGAACAAAUGUGUACAAGACAGAACUCCAACGCUAACCAUUGUCUUUCGAUCUUGGAACAAGUUUCUUACCUCACGGUGGUACAGUUGAAGGACACCGCCUGGUCUCCGGGCUCUCGGGCCCUGCGAGCCUCCUGACCUCCAGCGGUGCCCAGAGAGCAGCGCUUGACCUGUCCUUGUCUGUGACCGCGAGGCGUCCGGCUUGAGCUACGGACCCUGCUGCGGCUCCAGACGCCAGCCCAUACAAUCAUCACCGAGCCGGGCUGGAAGCACAACGGCUUUCCCGUGUUCGGGAAGCGAGUGAAAAAGUGAGCUUUUCCCAAAGUCUUUUCCGUGUUUGGGAAAGUUCUGUUGUUAGGCAAGUGACUGCUGUCCUGUAAAGAACAGUUUGUUUAAAUUUGGAAAGCAAUAAUUAAAAGGGGUGUCUCUGGAGGUUUAAGCGGCACAAUAUUAACUUUAGAUUUAAAAGUUCUUUUCCGAACAGUAGAGGUGCCAAGCUCUCGCAGUUGCAGGUCGGAUAGACUUUUAAACAAAAAAUAAACAUUUAAUUUGACUGUUAUAGUAUUGUGUGACGUUGUACUAACAGCUUUAUUAGUUGACAGGGUUAUUGUCUUAGCUUUCUGUGCCAGAAUAAAAUUCAGAUUCGUAGACGUGCAGUUUGCCCCCGGCUUGCGAAAGUAGCCUUAAAUAUUUAAAGAAUCAUUGUAGGAUGGGGAAUAAAAAAUCCUUUAACGUGAUUUUUUUAAAUUAGCCAAGUUAAAGUCUGCAUUUUAAUCGGGAGUAACAAAAAGUGGAGUGUUAAUUCUUUUAAUCCAACAUCUAAUUUUUUUUUGCUACUCAACAUUAAAAAACCCUUCCGCUGUAACGGAUCUGUGCGUCUUCAGAGUGAAACGUACCCAGCGAGGCGGGCAUGGUGUUUUGCAUGCGCGCAGUGCUCAUAUAUCGACCUCUGGGGUGGCAUCUGUUAGUCCGCAAGGAGCCUGCAGACUGCUGGGGGACACCCCACCUGUAGUGACCCCCCAGAAGCGGGACCCCUCUCGAUUGUCACUGAAACACAUGCGACAGGCUCCCACACGUCCGCACAGCAGCUGGGACAAGGGGUCCUGCAGCAACAGCGCAGGAGGCUUUAUUUUACUGCAGCUUUCUUUGUGUGAAUGUAUCUGGAGAAAAGUCCUUGCUCAUCUCCUGCCGCUUCGUUGGGAAGGUGAGAAUAAAAUCUGUCGUACUAUUCACCUUGUUUUACACCGCACAGAAGUGACGUUUUCUAAAGGGGGGGGACAUUCUGCAGACUAAGGCAGUGGAAUGACAGAGCCCUUGGGAAUAAGACACCACAGUAUCACUUCCGGUAUGUACCUGAGCUGAAUACCCUUACACCCGAUUUCAGAAGUGAAACUCUGUGCGCUGUAACCUGCAGCAUGUGUCUUCAAAACCCACUUUACAGGUGCAGCCCACUCCUCUGGGGGUAAGAGAUAAUGUAGAGUGUGUGUGUGUGCAGGUUACUUGAUACAAACCCAGUGCCUAUGAUUUACAUGAGUUAUAUCUUGACUUUUUCUGAAUGUGCUUUUUUUUGUGCCAAGUCUGGAUUUGUCAUUUUACUUGUGUGGGCAGUAAGGAUUUUCUUCUGCUUGGUUUUUUUUUUUUUGUUAAUUCAUGGUUUUCUGUAAUUGCAUUGAUAAAUUUAUAUUUGCUCUUGUAAAAAAAAAAAUAACAUGCACCUUGGUAUUUAAGAAUAAAAGCUUAAUCUGUAAAAUUAUUUAUAUGCAGAAGCAGCACGCACUGUAAUUCAAAGUUUUUCAUUUUUGCAGGAGGCUUGUGCCACAAGUUGGAAAAGACAAGGACAUACCACGAACUUUGUGUAAUUAUUUUGGUUACAAUUUUUUAUAUAGUCACCAACAUGUUUCAUUUUUCCCCAUGUAAAACCACAUUUCAAAUAAAACUAAAGAAAAACAACCUUUAUGAUGUUUCAAAAACUUGCACUUUUUACGGUCUUCACUUUCAGAAAAGACUGGUGUGUGUCUGUAAAAUGCAUUAGCUCCUUGUGUUGAGCAGUGUGGAGGGAGACUGGAGUAGCAGCAGAUUCUCUGGACUCCUGACUGCAGGAUUGCGGGUUCGAGUUUGGCAUGGCAGUUGUACCAAUGUCCAAGAAGGUGCAAAUUAGGUCUUAUUGCAACAUAAAUGAAUAUUCACAAAUCACGUGAAAUUCACUGUACAGUGUGUCCUAGUGUGAAAAACAAAUCGGAAAGACUUGGAUUUAAGCUAGUAGCUAGAAAAAAUGGGUAGGAGUUAAAGUGUAAUCCAUAAUGAACAAUGUAUACUGUAAAUUAAGAUUUUUAAGUGACUUGAGUGUUAUU